AUGAUAUUUUUGAUUUUACGUAUAAAUGGUUUUUUUAUAACCCCAAAUAUGAAAACCAAUUUCUCAAGAAUACUUAAGAUUAAAAGUGCUUUUAUUUUGAUUAGUAUUGGGUACUGUUUUAUAAUUUUUGUAAAAUUAUUUAUAUUCUUAGUAUCUUACUAUUACAAUGAUUUUAUUACGGCUGUAAAUGCGGUAGCAUCAGCAAAUUCGUUUUUUAUUACAAAUUUUAAGAAUAAUUGUAAUAAUAAUAGGAACUAUGAUCAAGAUAAAUUAGAGGAAGCUGUUGAAGAACAAACAGUAAUACAAAGGUUACUGAAAAAAUGUCGUCAACCCUUUUCAUUUUCAUUAUGUAUCUUGUUACUGUUUGUUUUUGGUGGAUUAUUUUUUAUCGUCUUUAAAACGCGAAAUAGUUUAGAAAUGAAUGGGUCAUUUAACGAAGAAGUAACGACCGCGUCGUUAAAUCAAACAAUGUAA